AUGGCAUCCAACACCUCUGUCCUGCGGGUAUUGAAAAAAAUUAAGGAACAGCCGGAUACAAGCCCCUCUCUAUGCAACAUCUGGAUACAGACGCGGGAUCGCCGGGUAACUUCUGGCACUGGCUCUUCACCUAUGACAGGGUUCUCACAAGAAUUCUUAAGCUAUGGGGAGAAGGCUAAUGUUGAGGCUCCUGCGGUGACGGCACAAGGUCGUCAUUUGAGAAAAGAUGCCUUGUUGCAUGGCCUUUUAGAGUGGAGUCAAUUCCACGCCACUCACUGCGAUAGACUUCCUUCCUCAACGGCUAGUCAUGCCCACCUAGUGUCGGAAGAGAAAGCUGUUUGGUUAAGUGAGAAGCGAAACUUGCCUUUUACGGCGAAAAGUGGUGUAAUUGUUGGGGAAUUCUCCAAGCUGAGAAAGAAGCUGGAGAAACAGAGCCCUCACGACGCUGGAAGAAGCAUUGUGCAGGAGAACCGAAAACGGGAGGAGGAUUCUUCAUAA